CAGGUCUGCAAAAUGGAAAGAUUGAGCUUCAAGUGAUCAGUGGAAAAUUAGCAGAAUUGCAGGAAAGGGUUGAUGUGAUAGUGAAUACAACGUCACUAAAUUUUGAUCUUACGAGCGGAGCAGUCGGAAUUUCAAUACUUAAUGCUGCUGGUGAUGAACUGAAAAAAGAGUUGGAUGAAAUACCUCACAUUGCCAAAAGUGGUCACUCCAUGAAAAAAAUCGAAUAUGGAGACGUUCGAGAGACUUCUGCAUACAGGUUGAAUUGUAAAAGGCUUUUUCAUGGUGCACUUUUCCCAUGGAGUGAUGAAAAAGAUACGUCUAUAAAAGUUCUUCAAAAUUUUGUAAAAAAUUGCAUUGCUAAAGCGGAUGAGAUGAAAUUCAAAACCAUUGCAUUUCCUGCUAUUGGCACUGGGCAGCUAAAGAUUCCUGCAGAUGUAGUUGCAUCUUGUGUGAAAAAAAUAGUUGAUGAAUAUGUUCAAUUACACCCGAAGACGUCUGUGCAAAAAAUCCUGUUUGUCAUUUACAAAACAGAUGAAGAAAUCUUCAAGGUAUUUAAAACUAUAUUGGAGCCUGAAGAAGAUAAUAGAGAAAAUGAUACGACAACUGCCCUCCAAAGAUAUUCUGUCCGCGGAGAAAAAGACAAUAUCAUUACUGUAAUGCAGUUACUGGAGCGACUGUUUUGUGAGCAUAUUAAGGAAAGAUAUGAAUCAGUAAGUAAAAUAAAAAAAACAAGCAAUCGCACUAUUUACGACAUUUCACUCGGAGAAUUAAUGGAUUUAAAUCCAUUUCUCCGAGUGAAAUGUCGUAAAAUGGAUGUAUGA